CUAUUUCUCAAAGAAAAAAAAAACAUACAACUCCUGCUCUGCGGUGGGCGGUUGGCAUCUCGCCUAGUCUAGGGUUAUCCCGAGCCGCCGUCAAGCGGGCACGGACGGAACGCCGCCGCCCUCGAAGAAGGACAAGGGGCUCGUUAACCUCCCCAACUCUAUCCAAGGCAGCUGAUUUUCAGGAUCCGUUGUUGAUAGCAGAACAAUUCGAGUGGAAGAGCGUCCGUUUACAGGGAUUUGGAAAGACGGACGGGGUGGUUGAUUUUGUGGGCCGUGAGAUGAUCCUUUUUGCAGGCUGCAAUCCCCUCCUCCACCAGCAAUAACAACGUGUGGAUGUGGAUUUACCAUGCGGUCGAACAUACUCGUAAAUUAUAGUCCGUCUUCUCCAGCGUAAAGCAUUGUGUCAACGCGGUCGUCAGGCUGUUGUCUGUACGAUUCGGUUUCAUCUCAGAGAGAUAGAGAGAGAGAGAGAAAAGUCGGGGAUUCUCGACUUCUGUCUCCUCUUGUGUCUGAAAAAUACAGACGAGCGCUCCGGAAAUAAAAGACGAGCGCUUUGGAAGGCAUACUGGACUCGGAGGAGGUUAUUAUUCGGUUUCAUCUAACAGAAGUCGGAGAUUCUCUACUUCAGAUUCUGGUCGGACCGGUUUAGAGCAUCGUCAUCAUCUCGUUCUCUCUGAAUAAAUAGAGACCAGAGCUCCCGACAUAAAAGAUGAGCGCGAUGUUCAGGGCUCCCUGGACUCGGAGGUUAUUAUCCAUGGAGUCAGAUAGUGCGCGCCGCCAUAAAGGCGAGGAAGAUAGGCUCAGCGCGUUGAGCGAUGACAUUUUAAUCUCUAUCUUGGGGAGAGUUGACCUUGCCAUGGCAGCAAGGACUAGCGUGUUGUCAACGCGGUGGAGAAACUUGCCGUGGUUACUUCCUGAUCUCAAACUUAAUGUCACGGACUUCCUUAGUGCCCCAUGUACAGGGGCUGCACACACUGAUCAAGCAAUGGCGUCUCUGACAAGAGCCACUAGCAGCUUCUUGGCUCAGCCCCGCAGGGAACACACCAUCUCAACACUAUGCCUCAAGCUUUAUCUCAUGGGCAACUACUCGCGUGACAUUGGCCUGCUAGUUAGCAAUGCCAUUGACAGCGAGGUGCUAAAAGAUUUGGAACUCGCCAUUUUAACAGAGAAGGCGGUCAAGGACUCUGAAAACGAGGUUAUGGUACGGCAAGCUCGGGAUGUGGAUGGAUUUUUCAGUGAGUACCCUAGUGUUCUUCGCUGCCUCACAAGGCUCCAUCUACAUAAUGUUCGCUUCGCUGAACGCGACAUGAAUCACCUCCUGUUUGAUUGUUGCAAGCAAUUGCUGCACCUUCGUCUGGACCACUGUGACACCGGGGACUUGUCUGUAUGGAAGAUCAAUGCGCCACAUUCAAAUCUCAGAGUUCUAGAAGUCUACUUGUCCUCAUUGAAAAGAGCUGAGGUGCUCUGCCUUCCAAAACUAGAGCGGGUCCGUUGGCAGGCUUGGUUGUUUCACGAGGCCCCCUUGUGUUUUGGUUCUGUCCCGUCACUCAAGGAAUUGUCCCUUGUCUGUGAUGCAACUCUCUGUCACCAAGACUUUAGUUUAAGCCAGGUUCUAGAUGGUGCCACAAACAUACAUACUCUAACCUUAAACUUUCGAGGAUAUAAGAUCUGGAUGCAACCAGAAAGAAAACAACUCUGCGCUGCAUUCAACAAGCUAAGAAAGCUGUUUAUUCAUGGUAUCUUUAUAAAAUUUGAUCAGUUAUGGACAUUAAAUCUCAUUGAAGCUGCUCCAUCUGUUGAGACAUUUGAUGUUGAGAUGUUUGAACAUCCAUGCCUGGAGGGUGAUGAAGAAAGAAUAAGAUGUUUUGGUGCUCAGAGAGUGGAACCUUCAUGGAAGAUUCCUGGGUUCACGAGCUGUCAGAAGUGGCAACUGAAAGAGUUCCAGUUUGGUGGUUUUAGGCCCCUACUGGACCAUCACUUGUUAUUUGCAAGUACCGUGAUGGGUCGAGCUCCAGACCUGAAGACGGUUCUUCUGACAGAUGGUCAAUAUCCAUGCAAGGGCUGUGAGGCAAUGAUCCCUAUACCUCCUCCUGUAGGAGGCUUCUUUCCAAGGGACAGGGAUACACAAGAGGCAAUAGUCAAGCAACUUAGAGAGAUCGGCCAGUCCUCAGCACAGAUAAUUUUCCGUGGUGGUUCGACACACCCCUCUCGAGCCACCUGGUCAUGUAUUUAUUAGCAAGCAGAGUACAAGAGAUCACUUCAGUUUUAUUAUAUUCUGAACUUACAGAAUCGUAGGAGAGUAAUUCCCUUUGUAUCAAUUUUGUCAAAAUCUUUAGCGUCCAUUUAUAUAAAAAAUACCGAAGGUGUAUAAAUGUUGAUGAGAGUGCUUACAACUCA